CUGCCAGGCUCUCUCUCUCUCACACACACACACACAGGCAGCCCUGGGAGAUCAGGUGAAAGCCUCCGCCACCCUCCGCUGUGGUUACAACCAGGUCCCGUUGCCCAUCGUUUUUUCUUCCCCGUUGUUUUGUUUUGUGUGGUGUGUCCAUGUGUCAUUGAUGGGAAAUCAAAUCGAUCGGAUCACUCAUCUGAAUUACAGCGAACUGCCCACGGGGGACCCUUCCGGGGUGGAGAAGGAAGAGCUGAGGGUCGGGGUGGCUUACUUUUUCUCGGACGAAGAGGAUGACAUGGACGAGAGGUCGCAGACCGAGCGCCAGUGGGAAGACCAGAGCCCGAGGAAGGACGAGGCGCUGCUGGUGGUGGGCGACCUGGAGUACUCCGCCUUCUCCGGCCAGGAGUGCAUCUUCUCCAAACUCAGGGGCAACGAAGACCUGAACGUGUCCCCGGUCAAAGCCCUGCUGUCCGUCUGCAAAGCCGGGGACCUGGUGGAGCUGGCGGCCGGCGACCAGCCGGGUCACUGGGCUCUCUACGUGGGAGACGGUCAGGUCAUCCACUUGCACAAGCAGGAGAUCCGCAGGGACCGCCUGUCGGACGUCGGCCACGGCCGUCUGGCCCGGAUAGUCAACAGCUGGUACCGGUACCGAGCCCUGCCCGCCGACCUGGUGGUGCAAAACGCCCGCGAGCACGUCGGCCUGAGCCGGCAGGAGAUCUGCUGGACCAACUCCGAGAGCUUCGCUGCCUGGUGCAGGUUUGGCAAAAGGGAGUUCAAGGCCGGGGGGGAGGUGCACACCGGGGACCAGCACUACUUCCUCAAGAUCCACUUGGCGGAGAACUGCGUGCACACGCUAAAGUUUGGCAGCUUGGAGGAGCUGAUCAGGGAAAAGCACAGGAGAGACGCCAGCGGCAAACUGGGAGUGCUCAAGGAACUCUCUGUGUUAAAUCACAAGUAGCAGACCCGGGGCACGGCGAGUGCUCACCUGUCCUGGCGUGGAUUUUCCGACCACGAGGGCUGCACCUUUCCUUCCUAUAAUUUUCCUGAGGAUGGCAACAUUCCAGAAGCCAACUGUGCAGCAGAAUGCAAACGAUUGGUUUCCUUCCCAGAUGUUCCCGCACACAGUAUCUUCAUGACUGAUAACAUUGUAUGUACCAUUGACCUCGACAAGUAUGUUUUAUAGCUGCCAACGUUAAAGCCAUUCAGUCAGUCAGUCAGUCAGUCAGUCACUGUGUGUUACACGUUCAACCUAUUCUUUUCAACCUCAAUCUUAAGAGUGUCUGAAUCGAGAGCACCUCUGCUCUCUGUUAAGGCACUUGUGUCUAACCACCGUCUCGUUUCCCAGUCCCAACAUUUUUUUUAUUUGAGCAAAAUCUCUUUGACUGGUAUUAAACCGCCGCACCCAUUGGGAACAAAAAUCAGUGUGUCUUCAGUGAAAGAAAGAGUGGACCGAAUGAAACCCACGAUAUUUAGUGUCGGAAGCUUCUUAUUUCGUUGCUUAUGUGUAUGGGGAGAGGGGUGUGUGUGUGUGUGUGUGUAGGUGUGUGUGUGAGGGGGGGUCNGGGGCUGUGAGCUGAACCACUGUCAUUUUCAACCAGUUAUUGCAGUAAUGACAGCAGCUUUAAAGAGCAGCGGUUUAAAAAGCAGAUCCAACAUCACCUUCUCAGGGCAACCAGGACAGACAGUCAACGUUGGUAAAAUACCAGACCUGCCGAAGUCCCAUGAGGGACAUAAAGGUUGCCAACUGGAUGUCAGUUUUGCCCCAGUGUCACAAAAUAGUUUGCAGUAGCAGAGCAUUUUGAGCAUCUGCUGUCCAGUCACAGAUCGAUGUACCUUGGUAAUAGGUCUGAGUGUGGUGUGCAUCUCCCAGCACUGCGGCUACAGCCAAGCAGUCUUUUCUCAUUUGCAGAUGUUCUUUGCUGAUGUGUGCACUUGUGAAUCCUGUCAUUUGUUUUGCCACGUUAGUGAGAAGUUAAGAAAUAUCACGUUUUUUUUUUAGUGAUAUAUUCAUUUCUGUUAAAGAAAGGGUGUUUUUCUUUAAUGUUGCCAGAUGUUUUUGUCGUAAUUGCUGUGAGAGCUGAACUGCCCCUUCUUUUCAUUGUCCUCCCUCAUUUCCACACUGUUCUUGGCUCAUGCAAACUCAUCGCAAAUCUCCAUAGUUACUGUCAGUACUCCUCCCUAGUUGACCCGCCAGGAGGGAAGGUUAAGCCAUGUAGCAUUGCCUCUUUGCCAAUUUUUGUUCCCUUUACAGACAAACCUGGCCAGCAUCCCAGUAAUGGGGUGUACAAAUUACAGUUGAAAGAUGAAAUGGAAAUGGUUGUAUACUUAAUCUGUAACCAGGGGAUUUUAACUCAGGACUGUCACCAGAUAUGUUAAUAGGGAGGUCCCAAACAAUGUUUUCAUACAGUGGGGUGUUGGGAAAUGAAAUGCUUUGCCACAAGUUGCUGUUGAGGCUGAAACCAUAGCCAAUUUUUAAAAGGAGUUGGGAUAAACAUUUUAAAAUCAACAAUAGAAAAGGGUACGGCAGGAAAACAGGGAGUUGGGAUUGGAAUAGUUAUCACCAGCGGAGGAGCUGGCAUCAGCUGAGGCUCAACAGAGACUGGCCUCUUUCUAUGCUGUCAUUUCUAUUAUAAUGAAACAGACAAUGUGUUUUUAUUUCUAAUUCUUUAUUCUCUGUUGAUGCUUUUUAAUUUCGGCCACAAUUUCCUUUUCCCAUAAAUCAGUAAAUCUACAAUAAUACCAGUAUUAUUUCCUUAUUGUGGUAUCACUGUAGACUGUUUAAUGAAGUACGCAGUGCUCAGAAUCAAAUUUGAAAAAGUCCAUUCGUAGUUGAAAGGAUAGCAAAGACAAACUACAGACAGUGAAGAGCUGCAUCCUGUAUUAUAUAUCUGUGUCAGCCUGGCUCACUUAGUAGCACUCUCUUCUCUGUGUCAGGAGGUUGUGGGUUUAAGUUCCACUUAAUUUUGAGGAUAUUGAGCUUUGAGCUAAGGGUUUUGAGCUCAAAGUCUA